AUGCCACAAGAGUCUCCUGUUGAGAAAUUGUCAAAAUCAGCUGGCAAAAACUCACAGCUUGAAAAAAGUGCCAAAGCAAACGCCAGUGACCAGGAGAAGCUCCUCAAUGAUAUCAUCAACGGGACCUCCCCACCAAGGCCUUCACCUCCUUCCAAUGAGCCCACAUGGUCUUUGAUGGAUCUGGACGACUAUGAUUUGUUUCCACCUGAUUCAGCCAUCUACCACGUCAAAGUGCCCAAGUACAAGGAGGUGAAGCACUACAUCAAGGGAGAGAAGCUAGGCAAGGGCAAGUUUGGCACUGUUCGCGAGUUUGUCGACAAGUACACGCUGAAGCGAUACGCCGGGAAGAUCAUCAAAAAGAAUAUGAUUAAAAAGGACCCCCACGUUCGUCGUGCCAUCAACAAGGAGCUGGCCAUCACCUAUCACUUCAUCCACCCGAACGUCAUGCGCGUCUACGACCUCUUCUUUGCCCAGCAGAAGAUUUACAUGUUCUCCGAGUUUUGCUACGGAGAGCUGUCAGAGUUCAUAAAGGCCUACGAGAAUCUCUCAAAGUGCCAGAGCAAAGACAACUUUGGUCAAAUCUGCAGCGGCCUCUACUACCUGCACUCUCGCGGCGUGAUCCACCGUGACCUCAAACCGGACAAUGUGCUAGUGUCCCACCAGAAUGUGCUCAAGCUGGCCGACUUUGGCGUCUGUCAGACGCUGAACAUCUUCGACGACAAUGACAUGGUGGGCGGCAAUGACGGCACGCCGCUCUACCACUCCCCGGAGAUGUUCGAUCCUGCGGUGUACCGCUACUCGGGCUCCAAGGUGGACAUCUGGGCGGCCGGUGUCAUUCUCUACCAGAUGUUCACCGGUCGACUGCCCUUCUUCAAUGAACAGGUGAUGACGGAGGAGGAGCACGACGCCAUCCUCCACAAGAACGUCGACUACACGCCUCAGAUGGAUGCAAAUCGUGUGCCACAGCAAGUCGGAGCACUUUAA